AUGUCGGCGCACGCCAUAGGUGAUGUCUCUCCAUUGCCAGCAGCUGAGUGGAUUCGAUGGAUUAAGGAUCAACAAUCAAUUGAUGAUACCCUUGAAGCGAUGACAGCGAUUUUCGAAAAGUCUUUCCAAGAUUUCCAAUACGCGGACGUUUGGCUUGAAUAUGUUCAAUGGGCGUGCGGUCAUGGGCCUGAUUUUGCAAAGAAAGUAUUCGAGCAAGCUGUUGAAGCUAUUGGUCUUCGAUUUGACAAGGGUGCACUUAUGUGGGAGGCAUAUUUAGAUUUGUUGGCUAUCCUCUUUGAAGCGGCUUCUGAUGAGCAUCGGGAUAAAGAGUUUAAACUUAUCUGCACUUUGUAUAAGCGGGCCCUUUCGGUGCCAAAUUGGAACGUUUGUCAGCUGCAUGAGCGUUGGAUUGAAUUUGCUGACAAGUACGAUGUUGAUGAAAUAAUCAAAAAAGAGGUUGAGCAAGAGCACAACAAAACGGCUAAAAAGUUGGGAGAAUUUAAAACCUGGGAGAAAAAGCUAGAGGAAUCAGAGUUUUCCAUUGACGUAUUUUCGCAGUAUCUCGAAUUUGAGAAAGAGUCAUUCUUUGAACGGAUCGUGGAGAAACAUCCCGAUUGCGAAAAUCUUUGGUACAAUUAUGGACAGUGGGUCGAGGAUACGCUAAAAAGAGCGGCUGAUAUACGAUGUGUCUACGAGAGGGCUGUGCGUAAUUGCUACUAUUCAUGUGGUCUUUGGCAAAAGACUCUUUUGGCGAUUGAGAACGCAAAUGGAGCAACUGAAGAAAUUGGCAGACUAUGGUUGAAGGCCAAAGAGUGCAUAUCUUCGCCUGAUGAUGACUAUUCACUGGCUGGGGAAAUCUAUGCCGAGGGUCAAAAAGUAUUGCAAGAAGCUUGGGGCCAUAAUUGGGAUCCUCAGUUCACCUUCAGGAAGAAUUACACUUGGUUUGCUUUCACUCGACUGAAGGAUUAUAAAUUGGGCCAUCGUUUUUGGGAAGACAUUCUCGCUUCUGGGGGUGGUCGUUUUGCUGAUAAAUGGUUGGCGGCGAUUCGAGAUGAGAGGCAAUUUGGUAACGAUUUGACCACGGCCAGAAAGAUGUUUUAUCGAGCUUUGAACUCGGUCUCGGAUCACCCGCAUCAAAUCUUCGAAGCGAUAAUCCAAUUUGAACGAGAAGUGGGCACUUUGGAACAGUUGCAGACGGCGCUGGACAAGGUUAAUACUCAAGUUCUGCAAAGAGCAAGCCGACCACAAAAGAAGGAACGAGAGGAUAACAAAACUCAGAAGCAUAAUUCAAAUCGACCAAAUAC